AGGCCCGGGCCGCGCGCUUGCAAAGGCAACAGCUGAGCAGCGCCGAGUGCCUGGUCGGAUCUAAAGAGCAGAGAGAAAAAGCACCGCUGUUGCUUAAACAAGAGAUCUAUCGAGGCAAAGAUUGACAGCUCUGUGAUUCUGGUCUCUGUGACUCGCUGUGUCUACUCCCCUAGCUAACCAUGGAGACGAUGCAGGAGCUGAUUCCCUUUGCCAAAGAGAUGCUGAGCCAGAAACCCAACGGGAAGAUGGUCAAGCUGUACAUGCUGGGCAGCGUGCUGACGUUCUUUGGUGUGGUCAUUGGCCUGGUGGAGACGGUCUGCAGCCCUUUUGCCUGUGAGGAGAGGCAGGAGGAGGAGAGGGAGAAGGAGGAGAGACCUGCCACCCCCCUGACAAAAGAGGAGGUUGUGCCUCAGAAACAGGAGGGUAUAACACUGGAAAAAGGCAAGCAGGUGCUAGCAGUGAGAAAUUUGGUGAACCGGCAGCAUGCAUCCUAAAAGCACGCCUGGCGCCUGCAAGAGCAUGGUGAUCUGAAAUGCACAGGACAUUCCUUGCCCCAUUCCUUCUUGACAGUGCAGUUUCCAGAAGGCAAGAGAACUGUUACUUGUAUGUGAGACCCCAGAUGCAAACGGACUCUAUACCUAAAACCAAGACAGUUUUAUUUUGCUGCCAUGCAGCAGUUUUAACUACACAGCCAUUUCAAUCUACGUACCUGUUCUUUAGGUAUGGAUAUGUGAAGCUUGUAGCAUCUUGUACCCGCCUUUGUGUGGGGUGGUUCUUUUUAUAUUAUUGUUAUUAUUAUGAUAACUAUGCAUACAAUUUACAUACAUUUUCAUUUUAAAUAAACUAUUUUAUACCUGA